AUGGGCAAGAUUACCACCAUCGCAAAGCGGCCAUUUGCGGCUGUUCACCAGGCGUUCAUUGACUACCAACUCGGCCGCAGGCUCCGCAAGGGUCUGGACAAAACAACCAAAGAGCCAGAGCAGCGAGAAUUUUGUUGCGAGGAACAUAUUACGGAGGAUUCGGGUUUACAACAGCCGAACGGCAUAGAGGACGCGGCCCCGCCCCCGAUGACGACAUGCAAGGACGAAAACAACGAGGUGGAACAACAACUCGACUCCAAAGGGAACGCAGUUCCGCCCGCGGUGGGCAAGGACGAGCCCUACGAGCGAGGGGCCGAAUUUCCCUGGCGCCUCCAGCAGAUGGUUCACGAGGAGAGCAACUGGCGAGGGACUUGGAUACUGGAAGUCAAGGACAUGCAGGCCAUGGUUUGGGAAACGGAGCGGGUGCCCAAUCAUGAGAGCGGGCGUGCCAAGUACCAGCGGACGGCAACAUGGCAGUUGCCGUUCCCGCCCGAGGGACCACUGCCAGACCGCACUUUCCCAAAUGCCGGGGGGCAGGACGAUCUGAUGGUUUGGCUGGGGAAAGCCUAA